AUGCUGACUACAGUUAUACUCUGCAUUCUUCUCACAUUUACCAAUCAAAUAAAUGGUCGAGUAUUUCAUACAAGGGAAGAUAGUUUAACUAUAAUGCGCGAAAAGUGCGCUAAAAAUCCUUAUGACGAGGAUUGCAUACGAAUUAAACAACAAAUGGAAGAUUUACUUCGUAAAUGUAGUGCUAUGGCGACUCCGGUAUCAGCUUGUAGUGACGUCAAAGGUAAAUUUUGCGCUAUAUGGUCUACAGAAUUGUACUGCUUCAUAUCUAACAACGGCGGUGGGGGUAGUCAGGUGACAACAAAAUCACCAUCAUGGAAUACUGAUCCCGAUUGGAAUCAAAUUCCAUACGAUUCGUAUGAACUAAAAUCGCGUGGAGAUUACUGUGUUACGCAUCAAUCGGAACAAAAAUGUCGUAAUCUCUUAAACGCACUGAAAAUUCGCUAUGACGAAUGUUCUAAACGUCCAAGCACGGAUGCUAGUUGCCAAAGUUUUAAAGUUUCACUUUGUUCAGCUUUUCCGAAAUUUUCUCCGUGUCUUAACGGCAGUAGUGGAAGGAGACGACAAGCAACUCAACUUGAAAAUUCACUUCGCAAGCGCCUACAGGCAUUCAAACGUAAUCAUAAUUAA